AUGCAUCAUGUUGCACCAACUCAUCCGUCCGUAAUCCGCAAGAUCAGCCGCUGGCUCAGAAAGGCGAGUGAGUUUGACAGUUCCGCUCCAUCCACGGGUCGGCCACCUAGCCGGCUCUUGGAAAUAAAGGACGAAGGUGCCAAAGUAUCUCUCGUUACAACAAGCAAUAGGACGACAAAGUACGCCGCCCUCAGUCAUUGCUGGGGUUCAGUCCGGCCGAUGACCCUUACCAAAGACAGCCUCGGUGUACUCAACGAGGGGGUGGAGACUUCCUCUCUACCCCAAUCGUUUCGGGACGCUGUUUGGCUUUCCGGCAAAUUAGGUGCUCAAUAUCUGUGGAUCGAUAGUCUAUGUAUCUUGCAGGAUGAUUUGCAGGACUGGACACACGAAUCAGCCAGGAUGCGAGACGUUUAUGAGAAUUCGUGGGUUACAAUCGCAGCCAGCAGGGCAAGUUGCAGUGCGCAAGGCUUUCUAGGAGAGCAGGACCAUUUCGAGUAUGUCUCCAUUCCUUAUCAAAGAGGUGUGGUUUCUGGAGAGAUUCUGGCCUUCACUGUCCCCAUCGAUCAUGCUGGCAACUCGGACCGCCGCGUCUACCUUGAUGAUGAGCCAUUGACCACUCGAGGCUGGGCCCUGCAGGAACGCUGCCUUUCCAAGCGUACUCUCCAUUUCGGCCGAUCGCAGAUACUGUUUGAACAUAGAGGAUUUGUCUAUACCCAGGACAGUUGCAGUCCUGUCCCACUACAUUCCUAUCACCCAACUACGAGCAUUAGCUGCCAGGACUGGUAUUCAAUUGUUCAACAUUUCUCAGCUCGUAAAUUGACCAAAGAGAGCGACAAGUUGCCAGCAUUGGGAGCACUUGCGGCUUACUUUGCCGAAAACCAUUUCAAAGGAAACGACUUCGCGUAUCUGGCUGGCCUAUGGCGGCAGAACAUGUGCGAAGGUUUAUGUUGGGCGCGAGACAACCAUUCCCCUCCAAGGAUGCGUCCACAAUCCUACCGUGCCCCAUCCUGGUCAUGGGCUUCUAUCGACAGCCAAAUAAAUCAUCAUAACUCAGGUCAUAAUUUGGCUAUCGUCGAAAACGCACACACAAGGCCGGUGUCGCUUGAAAACCCGUUUGGAGAGGUACGAGAGGGCUGGAUACGUCUUCGGGCGAUGAUACUACGGCCAUACGCCAAAGACGAAAGACCAGGUAAUAAUCCGCCUUUUUGGUUCUGCGAGCAAGAUAUCGAUUUCUAUAUAUCUGUUUUGUGGGACGCGGAGCCCUACCAUGUACCAGCGAGGGGCGAGGCCGUAGAGCGAGCCGAUGGCGAUGAAGAUCUUGAAUUCCUUCCAAUGUGCUACUACAAUACUGAAGGAUCAUCAUCUAAUGCUAUUGUUGGGCCAUUUUGCCUCGUAGUUAAGAAAUCCAAUCACACGGUAGCUCAGUACUCGGAUCUGAAGGGUUAUCAAAGGGUUGGGGCCGGGAUGGCCGUACCACGUCGUGCUGAUGACAAGGAUGGCCUCAAGAAGUUAGUGGCAGGGAAAUGGACAGAGAUAAUGCUGGCAGGUCAGCUAGAGGAUAUUAUCUUGAUAUAG